GACAAGAUGCUUCGCACCCCCAAGUGCUCAAGGUGCCGGAACCAUGGCUAUCUGGUACCAGUCAAGGGCCAUGCAGGCAAAUGUCGCUGGAAGCAAUGCAUCUGUGACAAGUGCUACCUGAUCACCGAGCGCCAGAAGAUCAUGGCUGCCCAGAAGGUGCUCAAGACCCAAGCUACCGAGGAGCAGGUGGCGACCAUGGGCACCCCGGGUCCCCAGCUGCCUCCUAGGGCUCCAGCGGCGGCAACGGCCACCGCCUCGAGUUCUAGCCUUUGUCCACUGCCUAGGGCGGCUCCGGGAGGUGCUGGGCCAGGCCCUGCGGCCACCUGCUUCCUCGAGAGGCCCCCGCAGGCCCGGAGCCCAGGCCCGAGUGUCUUCCAGCUGGUCCCAAGUGGCCGCCCGGGCCCCAGCACCUUCCAGCCUGGAUCCGGGGCCCCGGGGGGACUGCACGAUCGUUCCCCCGCGUGGCUGCCCCAGCUCAGGCCACAGGCGCCCAGGCCCGAGCUUUGCUGCCCAGAUCAGCACCUGCCAGUGCGCCCCGUGCCCCGACUGCCGUUCGCCGACUACGGGCGCCCUCUGAGAUUCAAGUCUGACCAUGCGGUAAGAGCAGGGUACCCUGAGAGAGAGCCGCUCAAGCAGUGUCCUGCCUGUGUCCCUGUGCCACCCUACCAGCCCUUCCCACUUCCGGAAGGCCAGGAUUCAUCCUCUGCUCUGGGGGUCCCUCAACAAAGAGGCUUCCGGCACGUCUCCUGCAGCCCCUACCAUGGAGGCAGCUUGGUGUCAGAGCCAGCCCGAGACAUGCAGCCAACCUACUGCUCACCACCACCACCACCGCUACCACCUCCCCCACCCCAGCCACUGCAGCCCCACUUCCUCCCACCAGGCUACCUCUCUGCUCUCCACUUCCUGCCACCACCACCGCCACCACCAUCUCCACCAUCUUUCUCGCUGACCAUCCUGUAUGAUACAGACAAGAAGAAUACCAAUGACCAGGAUGAAGAAGCGCCCAGCGAGCCUGGCCAGCACUCUCCCCAGGAGCAGUCCAACUAAGCUGCAGGCCACCUCGAAGGCCACCGGGUGGGGACGGGCAUAUAGGGCAGGGGUUAUUUUUUUCACCAUGUUCAUGUUAUAUAGGGAGGAAGGAUACUGAUAGGUGUAAGAAGGCAGCUAAUUCCGACUUCAAGUUAGAAGAGGAAAGGUGGUUUCCAAGGUUCUCUGGAUCCUGUGUGGGUGUUGAAGUGGUGUGGGAAGGGAGAGAGUGUCUGGGAUAGGCAGGGCCUUUGAAGAGUGGGGGCUGGUGAAACACAAGUUUAGGAAUGAAUUUAACCAUCCUGAGUCAUGUAUGAAAUUCACUUCUAGAGGUGGCCCCUGAUUUCCCCAAGCCUCGCUCAGGACAGAAGGCACCAUCCAGUUCAGCCUUCUGCCCCCUUUGCCUGAUGCCCAGGCCUGGGUACCGCAAACAUCAAGGCUUCCAGACCAUGCAGGGCAGGUGCCAGGGACUGAGAUGCUGACAGCAGGCUCUGCAGCAUCCCACCUCUGCUCAGCCACUCCCCUUGUCUUCUUCCAGAGAGUGGGCAUCCUGAUGACUGAGCCGCUUCACUUCUGAAGCCAUGAUAGGCAUCCUUUCUCAUUUAAAAAUGUAGAUUUUAGUGUUUGAUGUUUUUAUGGUGGGGAGCUCGUGGGCACUGAAGCAGUUCUCAGAGCAUAAAAUGGCAAUUUGUUCUCUGAGGACGGUCAAGUAUUAAAUAAAGAGAGCAUUAGAAA